AUGAUCCAGUCUGGGCUGAAGCGGGGAGAGACAGAACUAGCAAUGAAAGCGCAGGUUUCUCACCGCAAUCAAGUUGAAGAAACGCUUCUACUACUUAAAGAGGUGCCGGCAAACUGUACUUAUUAAGCUGCUCCAAUGGGAUUUCCUCUUAGUAAAUCUGCUACUCGAGUAUCUGCUAUGCGUGCGGAUUCAAAAGUGGAUGAUCACUUAAUGCAAGGGACUGAGAAAAGCAAAUUGGAACCAGUGACUCGGUUAUUUCAAAACACCAAGAAAGUAAGAUUAGAAGACACAAACCAAGAAAACUUUACAAGGAGUAAAGACACUGGAACAGGAUCUUUUUCAGAGAAAGCCUUGGGUUCGGUGGUAUAUGUGAAAGAAAGUGAUGGGAUAGAAAUGACAGAUGUGGAAUAAAAUUAUCCGUGUAUAUGACCAGAGAAACCAAAAUUUGCUUUUGACUAAGAGGGCGUGUUGAAUGAGAACUUAACCUUAUAGGAAAACCUGACAAAAUGAAGGGAGAUGAUUAUUUAUUUUUUACUAUCUA